AUCUCAACCAAAGUGUAACAAUGACGUUAUUUUUAAGUGUUUCAAGUUGCCGAUAACAACAAAAUACAAUGACAAACAGUGCCAGUAUACUUAUUAACAUUAUUGUUCUCCGUUCAUUGUCCCACUGUGAAACUGUAGAAAGCAUCAAUACGAAAUGGUUCAGUGACAAGAAUAAUGACAAGAAUAAGCUUAUUAAUGAAAUUUGGUUACAGAAUAAACAACCGAACAACUUGAAGCCGGAUCGAAUCUUUGAGACCGAUAUUCAAUUUCAAAAUAUCAUAAGAAGAUUCAAUAAUAUAAGAUAUGAAAAAACUUUAAAAUUUUGGGCGUUUUGUUCACAUUUUAAUAUUUAUUUAAAGAAACAGCAACUAUUCCAUAGCAAAAUGACAAUAAAUCAUCAAUCUGGGACCGCUACUUAUAUAGAUAUUCCAAUAUUUUACGUUGGAUUCAAUUACGAUAAUUCCUUGACUGUUGUACACGGAAGAUUUCAUAGUAAUAACUUCAAAGGCAGACUAAGCUGGAAUAAUUUUACAGUGGAAAUUAGUUGUCCAAAUGACAAACUGAUUGAUAUAGACAAUCAUGUUAAAUAUAUUUUUUCAUGUAAAAUUUAUACAUUUAAAAUCAUUGACACUAACGUAACUGAUCCUGACAAUUGUCAAGAAGAAAAAUACCAAAAUGUGCUUCAUAAAUCUUUAUCUCGUAAUUGGGAUCACCUUAAAAAGAACACACAAAUACAGAAUCGCAGACACAGACGUUCACUUGGCAAAUCAACUUCGUGCAACAUACACCUAAUUGCAGACCAUUUAUAUUUUAAACAUGUCGGUAGUAUGAAUUAUGGUAGCACAGUUGAAGCAAUGACGACUAGUGUUUUUGAGGCAGAUACCAUUUUUCGCAGCACAGAUUUCGAUGGUGAUGGAUAUGGUGAUAAUAUUGGAUUUGUUGUUGGAAAUAUUACAAUUUACAGUGACCCACAUGAGCCUGGUUAUCAACUACAGGACGAAGAUUUGACUGUGCAUCACUAUCUUAAUCGUUUUUCUGAAUAUGAUUUCAGUAGCCAUUGUCUAGGCGUGGGUUUCACUUACAGAGAUUUUGAGAAUGGGGUUGUUGGAUUAGCUUGGGUGGCAAACUCGAACCCACUUGGACAUUCCGGGGGCGUCUGCGAGGAAAGAGUAUCUGACACUAACAACAAACCCUACAGCUUUAAUACCUUGGUAUUAAGUCAGCUUAACGCUGGUAAAUUUUAUCCCGGUUACAAGGCUGCGCUAGCAUUAACACACGAACUUGGUCAUAGUUUUGGCUCGCUCCAUGACAACGUAAAUAAAACAGCCUGUGUUCCAAAUAAUGAAUAUGGAAACUAUGUCAUGUAUCCCUACGUCAUUUCGGGCUUAAAACCAAAUAACAGAAAGUUUUCCGCUUGCAGUAUUCAAAAUAUGUAUCCUGUUAUUGUAAAGAAGGGGGUCUUAUGUUUAAAAACGGACAAAGGGCCUAUCUGUGGCAAUGGUAUUCGCGAAGAUGGCGAGGAAUGUGACUGUGGAACAACUGGAACAUGCCGUUACGUUGAUCCUUGUUGUAUAGCAAGUGAUGUCAGCAACAGUUUAGACAGACCUUGUACUUUUGGCCACAACAAAACCAAAACGUGUUCACCGAAAUUAUCACCAUGUUGUUCGGAAGACUGUCUACCAAUAAGGUCAAGCAGAAAACAAACUUGUUUACGCAAAUCUGACUGCACACGUUCAUCUUACUGUGAUGGGGUCAGUUCAUCAUGUCCUGCUCCUGUUAAUCUUCCAGAUGGAAAACCUUGUAAUGGAGGAAGACAAAUAUGUGAAUCAGGGAAGUGUUUGACGAGUAUUUGUGAAUGGUUAAAACUCAAAGACUGCCAGUGUACUAGUAAACCAUUAUAUUGUCAUGUUUGCUGCAAGGAGUACAAUGCAAGUGAGGACGAAUGUGCUCCUGUCGGUUCUUUUGCAGAUGCACCUAUAUACUCUCGGAACCUAAGAACUGAAAAGCGACAUCGAUGUAAUGCUAACAAGGGUUUCUGUAAUGAUAAACAUGUAUGCAUUAUGGGAAAUGUGGACACUGUCCUGAACAUACUGGACACAUUCCUAAGUAGUAGUUUUCAGCACGAUAUUAUCAGUUGGUUCCGAAAUUAUUGGUCUCGUGUAUGUGGAGGGGUUUUGGUUAUUUUUGCCAUCAUAAUGGUGUUUGUCAUCACGUACAAAAGACAAAGCGAUAGCCACGUAGAAGCAAUUAGAGUAGGGAGAUUAAACACAGCUCUGACAAACACAAUGCGUCAGAAACGAAUUUAUUCUAAAAAACUUGAAAGAAUUAAAAAGAAAUUUGAACAGAGAAUCAAAGAAAUAAUGUUUGGAAAAAGAAUGGACAUCGCAGAAGCUGUUGGGCGUCUUUCCUUACUUUUUCCAACGGCACCCUUACCAUUACUUUUGAAAGUCGCAAACUGUAGUUCAAAUGAAGAGUUAGCAGUGCGAAUAUUGUUAAUUAGGGGUUAUUCCAUGCGGCGAUUCAGAGUUUCAGUUCCUGACAAUUCUAGUCGGGUGUGUUUUGUAAACAAAGCCAUCAAUAUGAUUUAAUACUAAACAUUAGUAAAUUAAAAAAAAAUAUAUAAUAAUAAUAAUAAUAAAAAAUCUAAUAAUCACGAACGUUGAA